AUGGACGAAGACGGCCCAAACUUUUCCUAUGCCUACGGUGGCGCGCCCUCGAACCCCUCGACUCCCUCGACUCCCUCAAAUACAUCUUGGAACCCGGCAUUGCGCAGCGAAAAUGGAGCGGGCGUACCAGCCAGCGCGAAACCCGCAACACAACCUGAGCAACACAAACUAGACUCAUCAGAAGAAGAGGACGACCAAGACGAAGAGGCUGACGACGAUGACGAAGAAUCAGAAGAUGAGAGCGAGGAAGAGGACGAGGCUCCCCCCAAACCCGCAGUAGCUGCGCCAGUCAUAGCAGAACCUGCGAACAAGCCCGAGGUUGAAGAAGAAAGCUCAAGCGACGAAUCUCCUGAGCGCAAUGACACCAUACAAUCGCCGCCAAGAGCGCAACCACCCCAGACAAAAGAACCUCUAGAAUUUGGAAACGAUGCUGCGCCCGAGGACGAUGUGGUAAAUGAAACGCAGGCACUCGAUCUUGGCGAACCACAAGCGACACCAGCUAAGGCCGAGUCCAGCGACGAGGAGGAUUCUGGAGAAGAGGAGAGCGAAGAGGAAAGUUCGGACGAAGAGGCGGAACCCGAGCAACAUGCAGAGGAGAACUACGAGCAUCAGGGCGAGACUACAGCUUUGGAGGAUGCCAUGGCCGAGAGUGUAAAAGUGCCCCUGGUAGAAGACACCGAAGCAGACGAAUGGGGCGGUUCCGGUGACGACGCCUUUGAUCUUGGUGGGAAAUCACAGGAAACACCCCUAGAGACACCAAUGGCCGAAGCCGUUGGGACGACAGUCGGAGAUGACAAUAUUGGGAAUACCACCGUAGGUGGCAACACGGGAGCCGAUGAUGACUGGGGAAAUUCAGAGGAGGCGGAGGACUUUUUCGGUGUGGUCGCGAGCCAACAGCAACAGAUCGAACCUGCGCAGGCCGUAGAUCAGACACCUGGUGCCCAUGUGGUACAGGCCGAAUCAAAGGCUCCUGAGAAAAGCGAGUGGGAUCUGGAUCUGGAUCUGGACGACGAUUUCCUGCCUGAUCCCGAGGAUGCACCUGUCAUCGAGUUGAGUGACGACGAGGGGUUCCUCGAAGACGAAGUACCGGCACCCGCAGCGCAACCAACGCAAGUCACUUCCUCAGGAACGGCGAGCCGAUAUGCUCCUCAAACUCCGGCAGUGGCACCAGCGCUUGCCCCGGCAGCGAACCCAUACGCUCCUCAAGCAUCGGCCGCACCAGCUUACGAUGGCUUCGGACGAAACAUGGCAUAUCAACAGCAACAGCAGCAACAGCCGCCUCGACCGCCAAUGGCAAGCUCAGCACAAAGUUUCGUAGACAAGUCCAAAGGAGGCUACGCUUCCCCUUAUGAUUUGCCAGAAGACAUUGUGACUACCCGAAAGCGACCUGCUCCGCGAACGACAGUCUCAGCUGUACAGCCAACUCCACCACCACCACGGACCAGCAGUGUGUCUUCCAACACUGCGCCUCCUGGGCCUCCACGGCCGCCCAUAGCAUCGAGCAUGUCAGUGUCUAGUCUGUCUCCACCAUCCUCGGGCCACUCUAUGCGUUCUCAGAUGACUGGCAUGCCACCACCGGCUGCACCACCAAAGCCUGCCGUCGUAGCAAAGUCACCUUCGAGUGACUUCUUCGCUGAGCUUCCUGUCACAUCCAAGCCACGCCCGUCUGGACGCUACACCCCGCAGCCGAAUGUCCCUGUCCAACCUUCACCUCCAAUCAGCCAUCCACCCCCGCAGCUGCCAUCAAAGGAGCGUACGGCUUCCACGUCGUCCCUGAGGAACGAGUUCAUUCCAGAUGCUGCUAAAGUCGCUAUACCUCCUCCGUUCAGACAACCAGAGCAGCUACCCAUGUUCCCCAGUCAGCCAUCGGUACCUACACGAACAAACAGUCUUCCCGUUCCUCAGCCGGCACCGGCGCCCCCUUCGACGAGUAGAUAUUCUCCAGCGCCGCCUCCAUCGGGACCCACCGCUAACUCACGAUAUUCUCCCGCACCCCCCAGCGCACCAGCGGCAAAUCAGCGAUACUCGCCUGCUCCAUCGCAAGCACCGCAUGCUCGUUACCAAUCCGAGCCACAUAACAACUUAACGCGAACUCCCUCGCAGUCUUUUGCGCCCCGUACUUCUAGUCCGCUAGCCUUCCACAGCGUGCCUCAGCAGGAGCAGGUUACAGACAAUCAUGCGCAAUAUGCUCCAAACCAUCAACUUUCGCAAUCGGCUGAUGGCAUGCCCCGCGCACCUAUCAGAAGCCCGCUAGGAGAGGUCAGUGAGAUUGAAGAGCAAGAGCCAGAGCCAAUGCUUAGUUCAAGGCCACCUACAUCUGGAAGAUCGGAGACUCCGCCUCUAAGAAGUACACCUUCAUCAGUAGUCGGCUCACCACGUAAGACUGACAGCUAUGCACCGAGAUAUCAGCCAGCCCAGCCAUCAGUUCCGCAACGCUCCCACUCCCAAUCUCCAACACAGACCAUGAAACAGCCCGUACGCGGCUAUGGUAGCUUGGAAUCCACAGGAACUCCUUAUGGCAUGACGCCAUCUGCGAUCUAUGGUAACCAGUCUACCGCUUCCAGUGCUGUCAACAAGAUUCCUCAUCGCCGGCAAGCAUCCACAACCUACGAUUUCAUCGUUCCUGACGACGAGCGUUCGGCAGAUCCACUCGAACGGUGGAAGGGUCAUCCUGUGUUCACCUGGGGUCUAGGGGGUAAUGUUGUGACGAGCUUCCCUAAGCAAAUUCCUAGGUAUGGAGGUGGCGGGUCCGCGCCGAUGAUGAAGAGCAACCCUGGUGAGGUCCGUAUUCAGAGCAUCAAAGAGGUAUUCCCUCUACCGGAAGAUAUCGCCAAGUUCCCAGGCCCACUUAAGGCCAAGGGCAAAAAGAAGGACGUAUCAGCAUGGCUAGGCCGCAAGAUCGAAGCACUAGACAGUCAGUUGAAAGAGCCAGGACUCGAACACACUAUGAGUGAAGACGAGCUCAAGCGUGUGGAAGAUCGCACCCUUCUCUGGAAACUCAUGCAGGUCCUCAUUGACAAUGAUGGGAAACUGGAGGGUAUUCCUGCAGCAGAAUCUGCCGUCAAGAAGCUACUUUCACCAGCUGGUGACGAGUCAUCAGACGAAGCGGGUUCAUACUCUACAGCAGCCGAUAUUGUCGGGCGGUCAAGAUCCAACACCUCCAACCUCCAGGCAGAACCUAUUGACCCCCGUGCCGUCGAGGACUUGCAGAGUAUGCUCGUCAAGGGCGACCGUGAGAAGGCUGUCUGGCACGCUGUCGACCAGCGACUAUGGGGCCACGCCAUGUUGUUGUCCUCUACUCUCAGUAAAGACAUAUGGAAGCAGGUUGUCCAAGAGUUCGUUCGAAAGGAGGUCAAGAAGGCCGGACGCAGCAACCAAGCAUUGGCUGUACUUUAUGAAGUCUUUGCGGGCAACCAUGAGGACUGCAUCGACGAACUGGUCCCAGCUUCAGCUCGCGCCGGCUUCCAGAUGGUGAGCGCUGAUGGUGCUGGCGCAACACAGAAUGCACUGCAAGGCCUUGACAAGUGGCGUGAGACGGUUGCGCUGAUCCUGAACAAUCGCAGUGAAGGUGAUGCAUCAGCUCUGCUCUCGCUUGGAAGGCUUUUGGUCCAAUACGGUCGUGUUGAAGCUGCGCAUGUCUGCUUCAUCUUUGCCCGUUCGGUCUUGAAGGUCAGCGGAGUCGACGAUCCUCAGGCUGAUCUCGUACUAAUCGGCGCUGAUCACCGCCUGAAUCCUUUGGAGAUGGGUGUCGAGCUGGAGCCGAUAAUGCUGACUGAAGUGUACGAAUUCGCAAUGUCGUUGGCAUCGCCGACCGGCUCGUUCGUCAUGCCGCAUUUGCAAAACUAUAAACUUGCACAUGCGUAUCAGCUAGCCGAGAACGGGUACAGAACCGAUGCGCAGGCAUACUGCGACGCUAUUGCAGCGGCUAUGAAGGCUACAACAGUACCUUCUCUCUACUACAACGCUGCUUUCAUUGCCAGUCUCGACGACUUGGGCAAGCGAUUGUCGCAGUCUCCCAAGGACGGUUCUUCAUCGUGGAUUUCAAAGCCUAGUAUGGACAAGGUUGGAAGCUCACUUCUGUCAAAGUUCAACAGCUUCAUUGCAGGGGAUGACGAGGAUAACAUGGCCAACAAAUCUGGAGGGUCCGAGGUUGGACCUUUCGCUAAGAUUGCCGGUGAUAGCCCUUCCCUUACGCCUUCACAUUCAAAUGCGGAUCUUUAUGGCGCAAUGUCUGGUUAUGGUGUGCCCGCACAGCCGCCAGCAUCAGGCAACUCAAGGUAUGCACCACCGAACGCAUACGCACCAAGGUCAUCCUCGGAACAGCAGCGGUCUCGUUACGAGCCCGGUGGUCGACCGUCAAUGGAGUCAAACGAUAGCUAUGGCAUGCGAGCAGCAUCCGACAGUUAUACGCCUAUGACGCCGACAUCCAAUAUCUACAGCCCUACGCAGACCCAACUGAGUCCACCAAGUGCACGCACACAAGCCAAAGCACAAUCCUACUCUCCACUUCGUCCUGAGUACAGUCCGGCCCAGCCAUCCUUGGGCAGUCCUUAUAUGCCCACUCCCCCGGUCCAAGAUUCUUCCUCGGCCCCUGCGUUUGGUGGUUACCAGCCGCAAACGAGCUACGAUGAGCCGAGUCAGCCUACAGACAAUGAGUUAACAUACGAUCGAUAUGGACCUUCCUCAACUACCUUCGAACCUCCCGCAUACCAGCCUUACAACCCCGAUGAGGAUGAUGAGGAUGAUAACAAGAAGGAGGAAGAGAAGCAAGUAACCAAGAAGAAAUCUUUCAUGGAUCUCGACGACGAUGACGAUCUUGCUGCCCGCGCCUCAGCUCUGAAGAUCAGCGGAGGCGGCAGCUCCAAGUCAGAAGCAGACAAGAAGGCAGAAGAGGCAUUCCGCAAAGCGGCCGAAGCAGAUGCUCAGCGUGACAAGGAAGCUGCGGCAGCGAAGAAGGGAGGAUGGCUGUCCGGGUGGUUUAAGAAAGAUCCCAACGCCGCUCCCGGUCCUAUCAAGGCUAAAUUGGGAGAAGAGAGCAGUUUCUACUACGAUACGGAUCUUGGCAAGUGGGUAAACAAGAAGGGCGGUGCGGCAGACACGGGUAAACCCGCUGCAACACCACCGCCUCCACGCGCUGGCCCUCCCGGCGGCGCAGCUCGGAGUGCCUCAGGCGGCGCGCCCACCCCGCCUAUGGGUCCUCCCAGCGGCCUGCGUCCACCUACAUCCAACCCUCGCUCCUCAUCUAUGCCACCACCAAUGGGCGGUGCUGCCUCCCGUGCCUCUACACCCGGUAUCCCAGAGUCUGAUGAAGAAGGCUCCGCUGCUGGACCUAAACCACCUGUGCUAGCCAGACCGAGCUUUGGUGCUGCAUCAGGACCGCCAUCACGACCGGGCACUGGUAUGAGCAAUGCCAGUAGUAUUGAUGAUUUGCUGGGUGCACCUCAAGCCAGAAAGGGUCCAGCAAAUAAGAAGAAGAAGGCUGGUCGCUAUGUCGAUGUCAUGGCGAAGUAG